AUGUCAUUUCUGACGCUCUUUGUCUUGUGUCUGGUCUCCGUAGUCACGGCUGCCCCUGACGCAAACGUCCGGGAUCUGGAGACCACUCUGACCACAACAUGGACCAUUACCUCUCAGAUCAUGUCGCCGACCGUCACGACUGUGACUGCGACGAGGACUAUUACGAGUCUGACCGCCACGGUGCCUGUUCCGACUCCGACUGAGCCAAAUAGCUGUACCAUAGCGUCAACAGAGCCGCCAUCUAAUGACACGUUGGGCUACCUCGUCCGAGCAUAUAAUCCAGGUACCCCUAUCGAUGGGCUCAGUAUGGAGGCGGCAAGCACUAAGUUCUGGCUCGGGGGAGCACCAGCAACCUACUGCCCCUACACUGAUGUUGGUACCUGUGGCACGAUGAAUACGACAGCAGUCCGGCCAUGCGAUCUGGCCGUUAUGGUCCCGGGCGGUCAAGGUAUGCACGCCAACGAGCGUGGGCAGAUCUAUUUCACCCACGCACACAGCAAUGGAUCACCCAACCCCAGCGAACGUUGUCCUUUCGAGUACGAAUACGCAGGCGGGCUGUACGGGGAGCUGCGGCCAGCAUCUUGGGCAUUUGGUGCAUACGCUUUGAUGGCCUGUCCCCGCGCCGAGAGAGCCUGGCUGGUCAUGUUGGCAAUGGAAAAUAUUACCAAUCCUAUGGUGCCCUCUGAUAGCGUGGCCGAUUGCAUCGAGUUCAUUGCGUUGACAACCAAUGUCACACACGUUGGAGCAUGGCAGUAUAUCUGA